AUGGCGCAUCCCAAGAAUACCAGAUCCAAGUUGAUUAUGGACCAGGCUGCUGCUGAUGGUGGUGCCAUUCCACCCGUUGACCCGCUGGUCAAGCCUGCUGCUGUUGAUCCGUCUGUUGAUCCGUUGGUCAAGCCUGCGGGAGAGAAGGCAUUGGGAGCGUCAGACAGCAUCUCGUCAACGGUUAACAACACUACAGCGGGAAGCUCUGGCCUGUCGGUGGAAGAGAAGGCAGUGGAUGCUGACGGCUUCAUUGAAGACGAUUCGGAUGUGGAAAUGGAGAUCGACCUGGAUAAGGAGUCGGCUCACAAGCUGCGUUCAACACUUAUCAUGCUGUUUCCUGUUAACUUGGUUGUUGCAAAGGAAGUUGCUUCUAUUAUUGAUGCUGUGUCAAUGCUGAUCAAACGCGGAUGGAAUGGAGAGUUGUCCGCUGAAGCUCAAACCACGACCAAGUUCCAGGAACUUUUGCCGGCCUAUGUCGCCAAGGUCCGCUUCGGUCGGCUGCUCGUCUCCUUUACCCUGCAAGAGGAUGCGGAGACGGUUAAGCGUAAGGAAGUGCUUUACCAGAGGAUUAACGAUGGAGAGCUGGUGAAACUCCACUGGCAGCAUACUGAGAAUCCGGCUUACAUGAGGGAGAAGGCGCUUAACCCUCACGCGCUCGAGGUCAUCUUCCGUGGUGUCUCCGCUCUGGAGGAGCUUGAUCGGCUUGCUGACAGGCUCAGUGUCAACAAGCUGUCCAACCGCAAGCGGCCGGCUUUCCAGAGCUGCUCCUGUCUUCACGGUGUCCUCCACCCUGUGACUGGUGCUGACACGGAGACAGUUAAAGGACUUGUCUACCUUUUCAUGGGAGAUGUGCACCGUUGGCUGCACGUGGUGUCAGAUCCUGCAGAUCGUCCUCCCCCUCCUGAAGGACCCGGCUCUGGCUCUCAUCUCGACCGGGAGCAGCAGUGA